GCUGCCUUGUACCCAACUAAGUCUCUAAAGCUUUGUAACUUCCUCCUCUAUUCAAAUAAAAUUAUCUUGUUAAUCGUUGAAAAAGUUUUCUAUUCCACAUCAAGCUUUUAUCCUAAACACUAAACCAACUAUUCUCUAAACCUCUUCUCCCUCAGAUUAUUAGCAGAGUUAAAUAGUGAAGGAUGAGAAGAAUAUCAGAAAUGAAGUUUCAAUGAUUGUGAGCUUCAUUGAACUAACCAUGUGUUUUAAAUGCACAGUAUUCAAAAUCCUCUGCUUUGCCAACUACUCCUUGGAAUCAUCUCACCAGGAUUUUUUUGGUUUUGGUCAACAAUACCAGUAUACCCACGCCAGUGUCUUUGAAUCCUCUCAUGUCCUUUUCCCAGCAAAUUGAUAAUCUUUUUUUUCGGGUUUUCUCUGUCUGAGUUCUCAACUCUAUCCGCUCCACAUUGAUUUUGAAAGCAUCAGCCUUAAAAAUAUAAACCCUGCUGCUACUAGGGUUGUUCCACUAACAGCAAACGGCUUUAUCUCAAAGACUCAAUCUAAUAAAAUAUCUCAAAUUAUUAUUAAGUGAAGGAUAAAAUAAAAGGGCCGUAAGUUUGAUAUACAUUGUUGACGUAUUUUCUAAUAACUUAUGUUUUUUUUAAUUUUUAAUUUUUAUUUAUUUAUGAGUAGCUGUCUAACAAAGGACUUUGGACAUGCAUGGAAUUUUUGUCCCUGCACUGCCGUUACUUCAAGUUCAACGUGAGAAUGGCAUAUCAUUAGAGUUGGAAACAAAUAAAAUGUGCUAACUAAACAUAAAGAUGAGAACAACCCAGCUCUUGAUUUCGAUUAUGGCACACAUUGGGCUUGCUUUUCACUCUCUUGGCACCAAAAAGCUAGAAGGCUGAAGGCCCAUUUCUUUCUGAGAUGCUGUUUCCACACACAGCCAGUACUUCACUAAUCACAUUUCUUACUGUCCUGAUGAUCCACUUUCUGUUGGAAGUGACACCUUCUUGCUACAUUCCGUAUAGUUCUAAUUAAGAAGCUACUCCUUAGCCACGAUUCGGAUGGCCGUCAUCUUGAUUCUGAGCUGUUGCUCUGUGCAGUGGAGGACAUCAUGCUUUGUACUAGCCACAUCCCAAGUAAUUGCUCAUUUCUAACACAUUGUCACUCUCAGCUUUUUUUUGUCUUUUCCUUUCUUGUUUCAGCACAAAAUAGAAAUGAUAUGAUAUAGAAUAUGCUGCAUAUGUUUCAUCACAAAAUAGAAAUCAUUGGAUUUAAGGAGAAGGGUAUUGCUGGUUUCACCUUGCAGUAUCCUAGUUCAUCACUCACACUACAUAGCAGGUUCUUGAUGCCACUGAAAAAACUCAUGUAUGCAACAUGGAAUUUGGAUCACAAGAGCCUCUCGAACAGACCUUCUGUAAAAUUUCGCACUAGUCUACACUCAAGGACAAUGUUUUUGUUUGAUUUGCUUGGAAAUUAUAAGUGGGGUGCAAAAGUGGCAUUAGUACUUGCAUCUUUUGUAGCAAGUUAUGGCGAAUUUAGGCUCCUAAUGCAGCUGAACUCUAGUAGCCCCUCAAUAUCAGUCGCAAUGCCCAAGCAAUUGCCUGCUGAUUCGAGUCCUUUAAAGCCUCGAUUUAAGGCCUUGAGUUUGUUAGUCAAUGCAAUGGUGGAUGUAACCAAGUGUAUCAUCAAGUUUGAGAAACUGCCGCUUUCACAUGUGGAGCUGGAUGAUGAGACAAAGGCUGUUACAAAGUCUCAAAUCUAUAUUGCUGUUUACUGGAUCAUUAGAGGCAUCUUGAUAUGCUCUUCUCAAAUCACAGAUUCAACAGCCAUGAAAUCUGAGCAGUAUUCAGAUUCAACAAUAAUUGCAUCAUGGGAGCUCUUAAGUUUGGUGUAUCAGCUGCGCAGCAUUUACAGUGACCUCAGACAGCAGGUGGAAGUGUGCCAUCAACAAACAGGUUACUGGUCAUGUUUAUCUAUGGAUUGAGCAAACUCUUGCAGCACUUGCCAUUUACCAGGACAUUUUUGGCAUAACGCUGUUGGAUAUCUUCAAGGAGACCCAAGUGAACAACCAAGAGGUUAUUCGCUUGUUGUUUGCCUUGAGGGAUGACUUGCCAUUCAAGGAUUGCUCCUCACAAGCAAAGGCAUGUUUAAAUAUCCU